AUAUCACACUAAGCAACUAUUGAAAUAUAAUAUAAAUUCGAAUUUGUGAAAUUACGUCAUUUUGCUCAUGCGCUCCAUUGUAAAUAUGUAUUGAAUUUCUAUUUUCCACUGAAUUUCAUAUUUCCAUUGAACUUGUGUUAACAAUGAAUCAAACUUCUCCUUUCUAAUGCGGUAUUCAAAAUGAUAAACUCUAAGACAAUAAAUUAUUAUAGAAUAAAGAAAAUUGAAGGUAUUGGAAAAAUGACGCAAAUGUCUCAAGAAGAAAUAAUUAGUAAUACUAAAAUAGUAUCACAAGGACUUGAAGCUUUACGUGUAGAACAUCUUUCAAUUUUAAACGGCUUUAGUGAAACUCAAAGAGAUGAAAAAAUUGGAUUUUUUACCAAAAAUAUUGAGAAUAUUGAACUGGGACUCAGUGAAGCACAGGUAAUGAUGGCAUUAACUUGUCAUUUGCAGAACGUGGAAGCAGAAAAACAAAAAUUAAAAACUCAAGUAAGACGGUUACAUCAAGAAAAUGCUUGGUUAAGGGAUGAAUUGGCAAAUACUCAACAAAAAUUCCAAGCAUCAGAACAGCUUGUUGCGCAAUUAGAAGAAGAAAAGAAACAUUUAGAAUUUAUGGCUUCUAUAAAGAAAUAUGAUGAUAAUCAGGAAUCUGAAGAAAGUUGUGAAAAAAAUCGUUCCGACCCUGUUGUUGAAUUAUUCCCUGACGAAGAGCAUGAUGAUAGGUCAAAUCUUUCUCCAACCCAACCAUGCCAAUUUGCUAAUCAAACGUCAGGAUACGAAAUACCAGCGAGAUUGCGUACAUUGCACAAUUUGGUUAUACAAUAUGCUUCACAAGGAAG